AUGGCUUCUCAGGCGCCGGCAUCCAGGCCAGCGCCGCCCGCUGUCUCGAAUGCAACCGUCCGCCGCUCCUUUACGCUCCCCGCGCGCAUCGCGACCAAGUCGCCUUCGCCCGCGCCUGCCUCCAGCACCGACGGGAUAGAAACCCUGUUCGUGUGCACUUCUACCAAGAUCGUAUCGUUUACGGCCUCGGCGUCGUCAAGACGAGCAUCGCCAUCGCGGCGGCACAGCGCCAACCACGACGAUGCCGCGCCUUCUAUACCCUGGAGAUCAACAACGGAGCGCACGUUAGCAGUUGGUGAGCAAGAUGGUCGCGUGCUGUUGCCGCUACUGACCGAGAAUGCAGGCCCGCUGCGUAUCUAUCGCGUGACAUCCUCCAAUGUCUCAUUCCUCAACUCCGGGAACCUCCUACACACCAUCUUUCCAAGAUCUCAAUGUUGGUGCGUCGACGGCGAUUCUGUUUUCGUGCUACGUGUACGGCAAGACGCAUACUAUCGCAUAGAACUGCCGCACGAGACUGCAGAAGAUAAAGAAAAGGUGCAAGACUUUAAGAAGGUCCUUGGGCAGGUACUGCAAUACGAAAGAACACGGUGCCCAUUCACACGCGGUUUCGAAGUAGAGCUGCCCGAGCGUCCGAAAUCGCCGCCGCGCAGACGACCCAAAAAGCCAGCCGAAAAGGCCAAAAAGUGGACGUUCGAUAAGACGUGGAUGCCAGAGGACGGCUCGCGGCCUUGUACGCCUAUAUUGGAAGGUUCCGACGCGGGUACCGCGUCAUCAUUCGAAGAGGACGACACUUCGAGCAUCUGCACUGAUAGGAGCGAACCAAGGCCUGACACUCCUGCUACAGCUUUGGAAGUUACCCCACCCAAGCCCACACUGAAGCCUAUGCCCGCACGACGACUGUCAGUCGCCGAACGCACAAGAACUUUCGAAGAGAAGAGGUCUGUCACUGCACCUAUAGCACAAAUGGCCCAUCGACUAUCAUUCUCGAGCGAAGCCGUUCCUGAGGAAGUUGCACUAGGACACAAGGUAGGGAAGGAAAGAGACGAGCCGGGCCCGCCGGUAAGAUCAGCCCUGGAGAGGAUGGAGUCUACAGAUGCACAGAGCAUAGUCUCCACCGUUGACUCGUUCUAUUCGAUCGAAUCAUCGACUCAGAGUAGUCCCACCCCUCCGUUCUUGGACGCCGAAGGCGAGUCUGCCAAUCCGUGGGCUGGUGAACUAAGCACUGCGCACGGAGAAGAUCGGGGUCGUAGCAAGCACCGCCGACAGGCGUCAGAAUUGACAGUCCGGCAAUCUUCCACGCAUACGGCUGAAGAAGCUCCAGUCACUCCGACCGACGACCACGCUACCUCAGCACCCACGAUUCGCCUAUCGCCGGCGCCUUCUACACCUCCGCUUGUGAGUGAUUCGGAUGACGACAGCCUCGGUCUGCCAUCAUUGGACUUAGCCACUCCACCCGAUGCGAUCCGAAUGAAACGCCUCACAGGUGCUACACAAAAACGUGCCUUUUCCCCGAUGCCGGCUCCACAGAACUUGUUCUGCCCGCCAACUAACGGCCCUCGGAAGCAGUUCACAACAGCACUUAUCCGAAAGACAGCCGAAAUAGUCCUCGGACCGCCGGCGCACCUCGUUUCGCUCAUGCUACGCAUCGCAGCUAAGAUCUCCGAUGGCGUGUUUAGCUUCAACACCUACCGUCUUCGCAAUAUUACCGAGAGUAUCCCGGGAUCGUGGCUGUCCGACGAUGAGGAGGAGGAUUGGGCCGAUGAAGACGACUUUGGCAUCCCUCUGCGCAACCUUGAUGAGUGUGCUUCGAGACGUAAAGGCUUCGUUGGCGACGUCGACUAG